GUAAAGAGGAAAAGAGUAGAUGUGAAAUAAAAACUGUCUUGAAAAUCACACUAACACAAUAAUUUUAGGCAACCUUUGACAAGUAUUUGAAAAAUGUUAGCAUCAACAAAUAGUUUGGAAAAUGCCUACUUGGACCACAAGCUAACACUGGUAGAGACUUCUGAAAGUUUGACUGCUGCGUGUACCAAUACAGCUGAUAAACUAGGUGUAUAACAUCAACACAAACUGCCUGUUUUUAAGAAUUUAUGACCACCAUUUAAAUCUCUAGUAAAAAUUAUAGCAAAAGUAUGACACCAAGUACCGGAGAUACUGUACUAUAAAUCUUCAGGCCAAUUUAAAGACCACACAUUCUUUUUCAUAGCCUACAUUGGAAUCCUCACCCACAGUUUAAAAACCAUUUAUCAACAUUUCUCUUUCUGUGAAGAAACCUCAAGUUAAUACCGUACUUUAACAAAAAACAAACUUUCUUCAUACAGUAAAUAAUAAUGUAUCUUAUGAGCUAUAAAAGUGGAAAUUAUGGAACAAGAUGCUGUAGCACUAGUAGAUCCAAACUGUUGCUUUUUUUUUUUUUUGCUAUGCUAGCAACCGCAUUUAUGGCCACUUACAGCACACAAUAAAAAGGUGAAGUCAUUGUUUGCUCUUGGCUAAAAGUAUAUAAUUGCAACAUUAUCGACAAUUCAGAUGCUAUGAUUAACAUAAAUGUGGGUAAUUUCUCCAGGAUAAAAAACUCUUAUUUUAAGGCCAAAUCAAAGGACAAACAAGCAAAUCUUAUUUGCGUUUUUCAAACCCAACAAUGAGACUCUCCAAACAGGACUUAACAAGAAAGAAUGAAUAAAAAGUUAAUUUGAUAAUGGAAAGAUGAGACCACUGUUAUAUAAUCAUACUCUGCUCGGCCCUCCCGUUAUCUACAUCAGCUCAGCUCCUGGUUACAAAGCAAACAGCACACAGACCCUGGUGAGAAGAACACUGACACUCAGGACAGAGCUUUUCAUGCAGUCCUGGGAGGAGGACAACCUGAGCAUCACUUAAUUAUAAUAAAAGCUGCUACCUCUUGUUGCUGAGUUAAUUAUACAGUAACCCGCUGGAAGGCUCUACAUUUGAUAAAGGCAAAGGACAACCAUUGACUGUUUUUUUGGUUUUUUUAAAGAGGAAUGUCUAUUUACAGUGACAAAGAGGAAGUAGUGCUGUUCCUUGGAGCUGCAGCACUGAUAUCUCAUUUUGGACCCAAUCAUCUUCUUCUGGGAUAACAAAGCUGCAAAACAGAAGUCUUUGUACAUGUAAUUUUUUCCUGAGGAGAGAGUUUUGUGGGGACAUCUUACUAUUUUUAAGAAUGGACUUCACUGGAUGUCGUCAGGACAUUUUCUGAGGAUGAAAAGUUGACUAUAUAUGUGGAGCUGAAGAAGAUGUUGCUGUUGAAUAACUGCAAGAAAUAUCUUUAAACAUUCCCUCUUUGUGAACAACGUAUAGAUGUUAAUGGAGGAGCGACCCGUGUGAUUCUAACAGCUUAACUAAUUGCUAUCAUUAUCAAAGUGCUAGCUGUCUCAGUGGACUGCAAUUAUGUUUGUUUAAAUAGACAUGAAUUGGAUCAAACAGAUUAGUUGCCCACAUGCUGCAUCCCAUUCAGAUACUUAACACUGACAGUAUAUUGGAUUAGGGCUUUUACUGGGACUGGAUGGAGACUCCUGGACUAGAGACGAACAACAGCGGCCUUAACCAAAUCAGCAAAGAAGAUGGAGCUUUGAUUAAAACUUUGGUGCCCUUCCUGGAUGGACUGAUCCUGCUGACUGGACUUAUCGGUCAAACUCUGGUGAUGAUUAUUCUUACAGGCAGAAGGAAGAAAGAAAGUCAACCUCCUCAUGGUACGGACACCCUGCUACUGGCUCUCUGUGCUGCUGACCUGUUGAUGCUACUCUGUCAGCCCUUCCAUACCUACGCCAUCAUCGUGGGCUUCUGGCCGUUCGGCAGCUUCCUCUGCAAAGCAAUCAGCUUCCUGGGGGUGGCCUGUUCGACCGCCUCCGUGUUCACCCUGGCGGCUCUAGCAGCCACACGCUAUCUGGUAGUGGCGCAUCCCACCUGGACCUACCGCGCAAGGAUGAACAGGCGACUCAAAGUGACAGUUGCCCUGCUCUGGAUCCCAGCCUCCGCUCUGGCAGCGCCGCAGUUUGCCUUCCGCACAAUUACAUUUUCCAACACGGUAUACUGCUUCGCCUUCCUGUCCGACUUCAGCCGACUGGUCUACAGCAUCGCUCUGUUUGUCAUUGGCUUUGCGCUGCCUUUAAGCAUAAUUAUAGUGAUGUACAGCAACAUUUACUGCUUUCUUCGGGACACGCGCCAAGUAGGCAACGCUCCGCAGCUCGAACGCUACCAACGGCAGGUCACUCACACCUCGGCUCUUCUGGUGCUGGUCUUCACCCUGCUGUGGCUGCCCUCCUACAUCCUCAUGUUCUCCAUCAUCAGAGGAUCUCUGGCCAGCUCACCCGGCUUCAACACCUUUGCCCUCCUGGCCAGACUCUUGUCUUCCUCAGUAGCUGUGGUCAACCCUGUGAUGUACGGCUUUAUGUCUCAGAAGUUUAGACGAGAGUUAGUGGAACUGGGAAGAGAAAGCUGGACGAGGUGCAGAAGCUGCCUGAUAAGUUGUCCGCGUCUGAUGAGCAGGCACACAGUGCGGCCAUUUGAGCAUCAAACCACCUCAGACAUACCGCAAAACUGACUUUUUUUUUCUUUUUUUUUACCUAAAAUAAAAACACUAUUGCUCAAUGCAACUGAACUCUGGAAGAAUCUACAAUCCACUUAUAGGAAUCCAUAGUAGAGAUGUUUAAAAAGUCUUAAAACAAAUUACUUGUUUUGCAGUACUUAACUCAAAUAUCUAAUUUGAGAACAUUUACAUAGUUUGGAGCAACAAAUGUUUAACAAAAAUCACAGAUGCCAUACUUAUUUGCAACCCCUUUCUUAGUUUUUUUUAAACCCUAUAAAGCAGAGGUGCCCAAAGUCUGUCCUCGAGGGCCGGCAUCCUCCACGUUUUACUUCUCUCCCCGGUAGUACCAACAACCUUUUCAGCACGUCAGUGUUCUUCUUAGGCCUUCUAAGGAGCCAUCAUUUGAUCCAGGUGCGUUAAACCAGCGAGAGAACUAAAACAUUCAGGAUGCUGGCCCUCAAGGACCAACUUUGGGCACCCCUGCCUAAAGCAUAAAUGCACCUCAUGAUUUUUUUACUUAUGUUUUACUGUUUUUUUUACCCCUCCAGGGGGUCUUUUGUGGGCUCUAGUGUCCCUUAUAUGAAAGUAGGCUGACAGGAAAGGGGGAAGGAGAGGGGGGAAGAAAUGCGGCAAACAUCGCCGGGUCUGGGAGUCAAACCCGCGACAGCCACGCCGAGGACCCAAGGCCUCCAAACAUGGGUCGCGCUAUCCCCUACGCCAUCACAGCACCCCCUGUUUUACUGUUUUUAAGUUGAUCAGGAUGUAUAAAAUUUAAAUUAGUAAAGUCUAGCUCUGUCUAGCUGAUAUAAAUAUGACAUGACACAGAAGCCCAUUUCUCUUUGUCACUCUUCAAAGACAAGAAAAAGCAACAAUUCAGUAAAGCAGAUGUGUUUUGAUAGUCAUAGUUUAGGAAACGGUUAUUAGAAAAUAGCUACUUGUCUGAUCUUGUCCAUAUCUGCAGUUAAUAAACUUAAAUCAAUUUGAGCUAUGAAAAACAUGGAUGAGCAAGGACACAGGUUUAAGAUAAUCAAGAUAAUCCUAGGUUUAUUUUGCUGUGAGAAAUAGAAGUAGGGCUGCAGGGUAAAAUUAUCAAUAAUUAAUAUAGAUGAGGAAUAACGCUUGUGAUAAAUUUACAUUUACAUCUAAUCUGAGUCAGAUAGGGGAAUCUACUGCAGUCAGACUCCAUCUAACAAGCUCAACAUUAUAUUGGCUUACAAAGUGUGAACUCGUGACAGUUGGAAUCGAAGAGGAAACAAGCGUUGCAUUUCUGACAACUCAAA